UUCACCAGUCAGGCAAAGGACUACUGCAGGUCAUGUUGAAGCAGGCGAAGCAAUGGAAGUCAAUGUGCAAGGGGCUCGUCCUGGGGACUCUGUUGACAACGUGCAUGAUCCUGCUCUACUCGUAUGCAGCGCCUCCUCACCAAUUCAGCUUGCAAGAAAUUCCUGUUCCUUAUUCCUGCUCCUACAAACCUACACAUGCCAGGAAUGUCCCCCGGACAAAUGGCUCCCAUUUUACCUCCGAGCUAAGCAAAAUCUGCACCCCUAAGGAAGAUAUCAUGUUCAUGAAGACACACAAGACUGCCAGUAGCACUAUCCUCAACAUCCUCUUCCGCUUUGGGCAGAAGCACCGCCUGAAGUUUGCCUUUCCCAAUGGCAGGAAUGACUUUUACUACCCGUCCUACUUCGACAGGAGCCAGGUGAAGGAUUACAGGCCAGGCAUGUGUUUCAAUAUCAUCUGUAAUCAUAUGAGAUUUAACUAUGAAGAAGUUCACAAGCUACUCCCUGAAGACACUGUUUAUUUCACCAUCCUCAGGAACCCUGCUUAUUUAUUUGAGUCAUCCUUCCAUUAUUUUGGUCGAGUGAUCCCAUUCACCUGGAAAAUAAGCGGAGAGGACAAACUGGCUGAAUUCCUCAGGGAACCCAACAGAUAUUAUGAUCCGAGUGGUUUUAACUCCCAUUACUUGAAAAAUUUGCUAUUUUUUGACUUUGGCUAUGAUAAUAACUUGGAUGUCAAUGACCCCAAAGUAAAGAAGCACAUUAAAACUAUAGAUGAAAGAUUCCAGCUGGUCAUGCUCCUAGAACAUUUUGAUGAGUCCCUUAUUCUUCUGAAGGACGUCAUGUGCUGGGACAUGGACGAUAUUUUGUAUUUUAAAUUAAAUGUACGAAAAGAUUCCACUGUAUCAAGAAUGACUGGAGAAUUAUAUGAAAAGGCAACAAACUGGAACAAAAUUGACUCCAUGUUGUACCAAUACGUCAAUGCUACCUUCUGGAGAAAAGUGGAGAGAUAUGGGUUUGAACGCAUGGAGCGUGAUGUGGAAGAAUUGCGCAGGCGCAAUGAUAACAUGCAGUCAAUUUGCAUUGAUGGUGGGCGCCCAGUGGAUGCAAAUGCCAUUCAGGAGGCAUCCUUGAAGCCAUGGCAACCACUCGGUGAACGCUCCAUCAUGGGCUACAACCUCAAGAAGAACAUUAGCAGAAAGCACAGGAAGCUCUGCAGGAAAAUGCUCACCCCUGAGCUCCAAUAUCUAAGUGAAUUAGGAGUCAAUCUAUGGAUAACAAAACUAUGGUCCUAUAUCAGGGAUUUGUUAAAAUGGUAG